UCAUAUUUAUUUUUGUCAAAGGUGUUUCGUUCAAGAAUUAAUCUACUUUAGUACAUUUAAAUAAUUGUAAAUGGUUAAGAUAAAUUAAACUAUUGGAAAGUUUGUAUUUUAUUUCGUAUUUUCAACAAUAGUGCAUUUUUUUCUAAUGGUUAACAGCAUAAAUUUGAAAUAAAAUCGACCAAUGUAUUUUUAUAAAUAAUAGUAUAAUAAAUUUAAUAAUUCGUUACAACUAAUCAUGGGAAGACCAACAAAUUCGUCCAGAAGUAAAGGAUCUCAAAGAUCUUUAAGUCAAUUAACUCAAGAGAGUUCCCAAAGAAAUGGAAAUGGAACAGAUAUUGAAGACCAUGUUAAUAAUUUGGUAAGGUAUUUUAUCAACAGAGCGGGAGAACAUGUAUCUUUCAAAAGAACAGAAUUAAGGAAAAAUGUGUUAGUAAACGUGGGAACACAAUUUCAAGAGAUUAUGAAUAAAGCUACAAAAAUAUUAGAAGAGGUAUACGGUUAUAAGAUAUUAAUAGCAGAUUCAUCACAAAAUUCAGCAAAGGAGUACCUGAUUACUAAUGUUUUACCAUAUAAACCAGAUCCAACAGAAUAUAUACCUCCCAAUGGUUAUCCUGAAGAUGCAAAUAAGGUUUUUACUCUAUUGGUUUUAUCCCAUGUAUUUAUGAGUAAUAAUUCAGUCAGUGAUAAUUCUCUUUAUUCCUUCUUAGAGACAUUUGGGAUAGACGUGCAAAGGCGACACGAAAUUUUUGGAAGCAUUAAGGAUUGUUUAAAUGUAUUAAAGAAUAAAAAGUAUAUAAACAUGGAAACAGAACAGCUAUCCAAAAAGGUCACAUUUUCUUGGGGCAGCAGAGCCGAAAAAGAAAUAUCCAAACUGGAAGUAUUAAAGUUUGUCUGUAAGAUGUACAAAACAACUACACCGACUGCAUGGAUAAAACAGUACCAAUCUGUUCAAGAACAAAUGCAGGCAAAUGAAAUUAAUAAUGUUGAUGAGGAUGGACUUACACAAAACACACAAAGUUGAUGAUAUAUAUUUAUUUUACGUAUCUCUUACUGGUUUUUGCUUAAUAAAAAUAUUUUUUU